AGCCCAGCGCUCCUGAGCAGACCUCUCCACCCUGGCUGGAGUGGAGGGUGCUCUUUGCCGACGGGGCCUUUGCCAGCGCCUGCAGAUGGUGGGCACCGAGAGACGGCAUUCCUCUCUGCCUGAGCCCUCCCUUCCUCUCGCUGUCCCUGGCCCCUGGAGGAGGUCCUGAGAGCCCACCGCCAGGAAGACACCUGUGCUGUGACAGCUAUCAAGGCCGAGAAGGAGGAAGGUGGGGCCACAGCCGGCCUGCGCGCUGUCCCGGAGCACCUACCUCCGCCCCUUACCUUCUCCUGGAGGACUUUCCCGCACCAUGGUCGUGCAGGACAGUGUGGAUGCCGGGGACUCCUGGGUGGGCGUGCGGCUGGAGCCCUUCCUGCAUCAGGUCGGGGGCCACCUGAGCGUGAUGAAGUACGACGAGCACACCGUGUGCAAGCCCCUCAUCUCCCAGGAGCAGAGGUUCUACGAAUCCCUGCCGCUGGCCAUGAAGCGGUUCACCCCACAGUACAAAGGUACCAUCACAGUGCAUCUCCGGAGAGACAGCAGGGGCCAUCUCAGCCUGGUUGCCCCGCCACUGAAGGAGAACCGGGAGCCCUUCAAGGUCUCCCCGGAAUCUGCGGCAGUGGCCAUCUGGCAGACACUUCAGCAGACCACCAGUGGCGGUGGCUCCCGCCCUCUGGCCCAGCGGCAGCAGGCCCAGGUGGCACACUCGCUCAAGGAGAGCCCCGCCAAGGCGCUCCUGAGGCCUGAGUUCCACCUCAACGCCCAAGUCUCCUCACUGGUGCAAGAUGUUAAUGGAAACCAGGUUGAGAGGUGGAGCUUUAACCCGUGGGGCCUGCACUGCCACCAGGCCCAUCUGACCCGCCUGUGCUCCGAGUACCCUGAGGAAAAGCGUCACCGGUUCUUGCUGCUGGAAAAUGUAGUGUCACAGUACACGCAUCCCUGUAUCCUGGACCUGAAGAUGGGGACCCGGCAGCACGGAGACGAUGCAUCUGAGGAGAAGAAGGCUCGCCACAUGAGGAAGUGUGCGCAGAGCACCUCGGCCUGCCUGGGUGUGCGCAUCUGCGGCAUGCAGGUUUAUCAAACGGAUAAGAAGCACUUUCUCUGCAAAGACAAAUACUACGGAAGAAAGCUCUCAGUGGAGGGCUUCAGACAAACGCUCUAUCAAUUCCUGCAUGACGGAAGCCGCCUGCGGGCAGAGCUCCUGGAGCCCAUCCUGCACCGGCUCCGCGCCCUCCUCUCAGUCAUUCGGAGCCAGAGCUCAUACCGGUUCUACUCCAGCUCUCUCCUUAUCAUCUACGACGGGCAGGAGCCAACCCCAGGUGGCAUGCAUCCUCAGGAAGCUCCACAGAAGGCCCCUGGCAGUGCUCCAGCAGGUCUGGCCAAAGUGGACAUUCGGAUGAUCGACUUUGCCCACACAACCUACAAGGGAUCCUGGAAUGAGCAUACCACCUACGAUGGACCAGAUCCUGGCUAUAUUUUUGGCCUGGAAAACCUCAUUGGGAUUCUGCAGGAUAUCCAAGAGGGAGAAUGAAACUUCUUGGAACUAUGUGGAAUUUUCUGGGCUACAGAUUUUGAAAAGGGACCUAUUGGUAGCUAGGAUAGGGUAGAUACCCCUUAGAUGUUUUAAUAAUCAGAUCUACCUUCAACAGCCAUCUCUAUAUGUGGCAGACUGCAUUAACGAUUGCUAAAGAAUUCCACCCUGGAGGCAAUUCCACAUGCCGGGCAUCUCCUGUAAUGCUGGUCGUUAGUCAGUUUGAAGUAGCGCCAUGGCGGAGCAACGGAGUCAGAGGCCAGCGCUGCAGUCAGAUUCUGGAGUAUUUGCCUCUACAAAUGCUUUCUUGUCUUGCUGCAGUCCUCACAGCUGUGAGGCAAAAAACAAACACAAAAAAAAACCCUACUGGAAGAAGUCUUGAAGAAUGAGUUCCCAAGUUCAUGGAUUUUUCUGCCUGUGUGGGCUGCAGCUCCAUGGGUGGACAGAGCCAACGAGAGCCUCUUACCUUCUUAGGGGAGUGGGUGUGACUUGCCUAUGUCUCCUGCUCCAUGGCCAGGUUCUAAAUGACAAGGACACCCGCUGGGGAUGCACCCCAAUAGUCGAUGUGCUUCACACGCACAAGGCCUUAGGUUUGGAUCCCCAGAACCAAGAUAAUAAUAAUAUAAAUAAAUAAAUGGACAAGGAUACACCCAGGUAUGAGCACUAGUAAACCAAGACCUUGCUUCUCCAUUUUUGCCUAUACAGAGAAAGAAGGACUCUUGACAGACUUCCCAGUGCCUAUGGGGAGUGAAAACUCUGCCACAUUCUGACCAUAAAAUGACUCUGACCAUGAAAUGCAACUUGAGGAGGAACCACUGGUGUUAAACUCUACUCUCUGCUUUCUGUUUAUUUAUUGGGGGAGGGGGGUGGGGGAGUCCAAAGAAAAGAACCUGGAGGACCGAGGAAACCAGGGCCAAUGUUUACAAGACUGGUGGACAAGUGUAAAUAGGAAACGAGAGCAAACAGUUCUAAUUAAUUCCUUCUUCUGCAGUGUGGGAACCUAUUACAAUGCUCUUGGGUCAAGCGCUGCGAUACGUUACCCAAUUAGGGAAAUAAAUUUGUUAAUAAAAUUGCUGAGGUCACCAGCGAUUAUUGGUGGGCCUUAUUA